AUGACAUGUUUUGGACUAUUGCAUGUCAGGAUAGCCACCUGUUUUAUUGGUCUUUUUUCCCUGCUCGGUGUGUGCUUUUCGCUGAUUUACUGUGUGAUCUCAUCGCAGAAUGUGCAGCCUGGAUCCGCCCGACCAAAUUACAAGCUGGCUGCAAUUCCGAUGAUCAUCACCAUCAUCACCAUACUCUUUCUCUUCAUCGGCAUUUUACAGCAAAAAGCGAAGCAUUUAUAUCCAUUUGUUGUGUUACAGGUAAUCAUGAGCUUCGUUGUCUCUAUAAUGUUGGUGAUGAUGAUGAUUUGUGCGCUGUGUGAGACGAGAUACGUUUUGAAUGCUUUCAUUGGAAAAGUCGAUAAUCCCGAAGAGUACAAGCUCUCGGUGACAAUAUUGAUCUCGGUUCUCGGCUUUCAAUUUCUUCUUCAAUUAUGGACAACGAGAGCUGUUUGCUGUUGUUAUCGUUAUUUCAUCGAUUUGGAGAGAUUCGAGUUUCGGAAGGCUCAAUUCAUUUUG